UGUGAGUUGGUAUAUUAGUGCAGACUGGAGUUUUCUGAGUUUCAUGGACCUGUGAGCUGAAGGAGAUGUCUGUGGAACACGGAGAUGUCCUGAUACUUUUCUGUCUGGAAAUUCAAAGUGGUGUUUAGAAGCCAAGGCCGUCAUUUUUUUUAAAAAGAGAUGCUUUUGGAUGAAGGCAACUUACUUGUUCCCUUUAAAAGAAGGAAUGGCAAAAACUAAGAGUAACUUGACCUUCGUUCUUCUGUUGAUGCUGUUGGUUGUGGAAACACAGAAUUUCAGUGAACUGUCAGUUCAGGUCUCACAGCAAGACCACGAUGAACCUGGAUUACCUAACAGGCGGGUAAAACGUGAAGUGCAGGAUGAUAAAGCCGAGUAUGAAGUUGAUGUGGAGGUGAAUCUGACAGACAGCAGAACACUGGAGAACCUGAGGAACUUCCUGAGGACUGGCCAAUUUAUCCUGACUUUGGGUCCUUCAGUGAACAUCACACAGAUUGUCCUAACCACAGUGUGCUACAUAAAUGGCACUAACAUUGAGUGCAGAUGCGAGGAUCAGUAUGCUUGGCCUAGUUCAAGCUGCUUCUCCUAUGGAGCCUGUGGUGAGAUCACUGACAGCACAUGUGGAUGCAUCAACAAAGUACCACUGGACGGGUCAUUCUGUCAGCCAAAGUCAGUUUCCGUUUACCAAUACCGUUUGGACAUUCAGAUCAACAUGGAGGACGCAGAACAGUUGAGGAGCAACUUUGCAAACCUCACUUUCCCUCGUCAAAUCAGCUCUGACGUAAACAUUUCAGAUGCUGAUGUCACCACAGUUUGCAGUCCAGCUGAAUCAAACAUUCAGUGCAGAUGUGAGAGGAACUUCCUGUGGCUGUGUGACAAGUGCGCCACCUAUGGGAAAUGUGAUGAAGGCAGCACGUGUGGAUGCAUUAAGGCUGUUCCUACAGAUGGACAGUUCUGUCAAUCAGAGCUGAACAAUCCUACGGUUUGUCCAUCUACAACACUUGUUCCAUCCCUAACAUCUUCAUCCACUGCUGUCACUGAAUUCUUUACAGCUACACCAUUUGUGACAACAACUUUGACAGAUUCUCCUCCUGUUACAACUAAAAUAUCUACGACUGCUCCAGAUGUGACCUCAACUAUGACAGAUUCUCCUCCUGGUAGCACUGAGAUAUUUACAACAAUGUCUUCUGUGACCACAUUAAUGAAAGAUUCUCCUUCUGUGACCACGGAAAUAGUUACAACCAUGCCAGAUGUGACCACAACUAUGACAGAUUCUCCUCCUGUUACCACUGACAUAUUUUCAACUGCAGCAGCUGAGACCAAAACUAAGACAGAGUUUUCCUCUGCUGCCACUAAAAUCUUUACAACUACACCAGAUGUGACAACAGCUGGAACAGAGUUUUCCUCUGCUGCCACUGAAAUCUUUACAAGUACACCAGAUGUGACCACAUCUGGAACAGGUUCAUCUUCGGUUCCAACAGAAUUCAUUCCAACUUCGCUACAUUUAACAACAACUAUGACUGAUUCUCCUCCUGUUACCACUAAAAUAUCUACAACUGCUCCAGAUGUGACCUCAACUAAGACAGAUUCUCCUCCUGGUAGCACUGAGAUAUUUACAACAACGUCUUCUGUGACCACAUUAAUGAAAGAUUCUCCUUCUGUGACCACGGAAAUAGUUACAACCAUGCCAGAUGUGACCACAACUAUGACAGAUUCUCCUCCUGUUACCACUGAAAUAUUUUCAACUGCAGCAGCUGAGACCAAAACUAAGACAGAGUUUUCCUCUGCUGCCACUGAAAUCUUUACAACUACACCAGAUGUGACCACAUCUGUAACAGAUUCAUCUUCGGUUCCAAAAGAAUUCAUUCAAACUUCGCUACAUUUAACAACAACUAUGACUGAUUCUCCUCCUGUUACCACUAAAAUAUCUACAACUGCUCCAGAUGUGACCUCAACUAAGACAGAUUCUCCUCCUGGUAGCACUGAGAUAUUUACAACAACGUCUUCUGUGACCACAUUAAUGAAAGAUUCUCCUUCUGUGACCACGGAAAUAGUUACAACCAUGCCACAUGUGACCACAACUAUGACAGAUUCUCCUCCUGUUACCACUGAAAUAUUUUCAACUGCAGCAGCUGAGACCAAAACUAAGACAGAGUUUUCCUCUGCUGCCACUGAAAUCUUUACAACUACACCAGAUGUGACCACAUCUGUAACAGAUUCAUCUUCGGUUCCAAAAGAAUUCAUUCAAACUUCGCUACAUUUAACAACAACUAUGACUGAUUCUCCUCCUGUUACCACUAAAAUAUCUACAACUGCUCCAGAUGUGACCUCAACUAAGACAGAUUCUCCUCCUGGUAGCACUGAGAUAUUUACAACAACGUCUUCUGUGACCACAUUAAUGAAAGAUUCUCCUUCUGUGACCACGGAAAUAGUUACAACCAUGCCAGAUGUGACCACAACUAUGACAGAUUCUCCUCCUGUUACCACUGAAAUAUUUUUAACUGAAGCACAUGAGACCAAAACUAAGACAGAGUUUUCCUCUGCUGCCACUGAAAUCUUUACAACUACACCAGAUGUGACCACAUCUGUAACAGAUUCAUCUUCGGUUCCAAAAGAAUUCAUUCAAACUUCGCUACAUUUAACAACAACUAUGACUGAUUCUCCUCCUGUUACCACUAAAAUAUCUACAACUGCUCCAGAUGUGACCUCAACUAAGACAGAUUCUCCUUCUGUUACCACUGAGAUAUUUACAACAACGUCUUCUGUGACCACAUUAAUGAAAGAUUCUCCUUUUGUGACCACGGAAAUAGUUACAACCAUGCCAGAUGUGACCACAACUAAGACAAAUUCUCCUCCUGUUACCACUGAAAUAUUUACAACUACGCCUGGAGUGACCACAUCUAUGACCGUACCUCCACCUGUUUAUAAAUACCUUUUAUCUGUUGAGCUGAACACCACAUUAUUGACAGCAAUCAACACGAUGAGAAGCAUUCUGGGAAACAUCAGUUACCCGCUCAGCAUCAAUGGAGACACUCAGUUCAAUCAGGCCAACAUUUCUACAGUUUGUUCUCCAAUCAGAGAUGGUUACCGGUGCAUUUGUGAGGACCAGUAUCGGUGGUCAUGUGACCAGUGUCUGAUGUAUGGAGCAUGUGACCAGAUCUCUGCAGACUCAUGUGGAUGCAUCAACGCCAUUCCUUCUGACAGAAACUUCUGCCAGUCUCUGGAUCAACUCAAUUUCACAGUCUGUCCAACUACAACUCCUAAAACAUUUACAACAUAUUCUCCUCCUGCUACCACUGAAACAUUUUCAACUACGCCAGAUGUGACCACAUCUGUAACAGAUCCACAAACUGCUAAUACAGAUGUGAUUUCUGUUGAGCUGAACACCACAUUAUUGACAGCAAUCAACACGAUGAGAAGCAUUCUGGGAAACAUCAGUUACCCGCUCAGCAUCAAUGGAGACACUCAGAUCAAUCAGGCCAACAUUUCUACAGUUUGUUCUCCAAUCAGAGAUGGUUACCGGUGCAUUUGUGAGGACCAGUAUCGGUGGUCAUGUGACCAGUGUCUGAUGUAUGGAGCAUGUGACCAGAUCUCUGCAGACUCAUGUGGAUGCAUCAACGCCAUUCCUUCUGACAGAAACUUCUGCCAGUCUCUGGUUCAACACAAUUUUACAGUUUGUCCAACUGCAACUCCUAGGACAUUUUCAUCAAAUUCUCCGUCAGUUACCGCUAAAAUUUUUACAACGCCUGACGUGACAACAAUUAUGACAGAUUUCAUUACAACUACUGAAGAUGUAACAACUAUGACAGAGCUCCCCGCACCUGUUUAUAACUACCGGGUUUCUGUUGAGCUGAACACCACAGACAUUACAGUAAUAGAUAAGCUGAGGAGCAUUCUGGGAAACCUCACAGACCUACCCAGCUUGAACAGACGGAUACGGAUAAGUCGGGCCAACAUUUCUACAGUUUGUUCUCCUGUCAGCUAUGGUUACCAGUGCAGAUGUGAGGAUCAGUACCUGUGGUCAUGUGACCAGUGUCAGACGUAUGGCUCAUGUGACCAGGUCUCUGAAAACCCAUGUGGAUGCAUAAAUGCCAUUCCUCCUGAUGGACACUUUUGUCAGUCUCUGGAUCAACUCAACCUUACUGCCUGUCAAGAUAACCCAACAACUCCACCAGCAACAGCAACUGCUUGGACUAGCCAAAGUUUCAGAACCACGGGAGCUAAUGACUUAACAUCAGUCAACACCACAGAAACAACUUACAGUUUGACGACUCCUAUUAUGUCCCCUACGCCAACUACAAGAUUUUCUAUUGGAAUCCCCACCACACCCAGAGAACCGACAACUGCCAAUUCCACAGUUACAUCCACCACAAGAAAAGAAACAACUACUGUAAUAUCCACAGGGUUCCCCACAACUCAAACUGUUGCAAUUUCCACUGAUAUUCCUUCUAUAACUGAAGAACCAACUACAUCAAUUUCCACAGUUAUCAGCGCCACAACCAAAGAAAUAACAAAUGCAAGAUCCACAGCUAUUCCUACUACAACCAAAACACAAACUCCUUCAGUUACUAUGGUUAGUCCUAUCCCAACCGAAGCGACUACAAAUGCAGUUUCCACAGUAAUUCCUACCACAACUGAAGAACCAAUUACUGCAAUUAUUCCAACCACAACUGGUGAAACAACUGAAACACAAACGCCAGCAGUAACUACAGUUAUUUCUGCCACAACUGAAGCAACAAGUAAUGCAAUUUCCACAGUUAUUCAUACCAUAACCAAAGAACCAACUACUGCAUUUUUAACAAGCAUUACUACAACAACAAAGGAAACAACAACUCCAGCUUCAACAGUUAUUUCUACAGCAGAAACACAAAUGUCACCAAUUACCAUAUUUAUUCCUAGUACAGUUGAAGCAACAACCAGAGAAGUUUCUACAGGUUUUCUUACAAAGACCGAUGAACCAACUACUGCAACUUCAACACUUAGGGCAACCACAACCGGACCAAUAACAACUGUAAAUCCCACAGUCAUUCCUACCACAAGUGAAAAACCAACUAUUAAGGUUGUCACAGUUAUUCCUAACACAAUCAAAGAACCAACAACGGCAAUUCCCACACUUCUCACCUCUGACAAAGUGCCAACCACUGCACUUAUUCCCACUACAACAACUACUACAGCCACUACUACUACUUCAACAGUGCCCACUACGACCACUAAGCCUAUGAAUAACACAACAGAAACUAUUGCUACAACUACCACCGCUACAGCUACAACAACUACCACCACAAAGGCUACCACGACUACCACCAUAAAUAAUACCACUACUACUACUACCAAGGCUACCACGACUACCACUACGGAGGCUAUCACAACAGCCACAUUUACAACAAUUAAGCCCACUACCUUUACCCCUUCUUUUACAGCAAUUGACAUUGCAGUGUCAGUCACAUUUGACAUGGUGUUCAGAAAUGAGUUCAACGAUAAGACAAGCUCUGCAUACCAAAGUCUAGAAAAAAAUAUUACUACAGAGCUAAAGAAACAGUACAGCUCUAUCAACGGGUUUGUCGGAGUGACCGUGACAGGAUUCAGACAAGGAAGUGUUAUUUCAGAUUUUGUCAUUUCAACAGCAGAGGAUUCUGCAACACAAAUUACUGAAGCAAACAAAGACCUCAAAAACACUUUAAAGUCUAUUGCUCCUGUACUGAAGUCUACUGCACAGUAUAGAAGUUCCACCAAGAUUAAAUUCAAUUCUACCUACCUAACUAAUACAACAAUGACGUUGAUAUGUGGACCUCCUAAGGGUGAUUUACUUGACAUUGUAGGAAAUAUUAACAGUGCUGAGUGGAAAUUUGAAAACAUAAACAUUUCACCAGGACGUCGGACCUUUACUACUCGCAGUAACACUUCUAUACUUACUGUAAACAAUGUCAAUCCUUUCGAUGCUGGGCUUUAUGAAUGUGUCCUCAAAGGAACAAACUUUGAGUUUUACCAAAAUGGAACUGUUGAAAAAGUUAAUAUUCAAGCAGCUCCUGAUGUAAAGGUGGUCACAGUAAAAAACAUUGAGUGCAAUGUGGGAAAUAAAGCAAACCUUAGUUGUUGUGUUCAGCCAAUCUAUAACAUCACCUGGGCUCAGCCUCCAUCAAGCGUACAAAUAUCAAGAACUACAAGCUCUCCUGAUGAAUACUGCAUCAACAACGAAUAUACAAUAACCAGCUGCGAUGACAUAACAUUCACAUGUAAAGUUAAUGAAUACGAUGGGUACGAAAAAACAACAACACUGAAAUUCUUUAAAGGAGCUCCUACAUGCACGGGUGAUAUAUACGGGGACGGAAAAGAAGGUUCCAUAGCAGAUGUUGCAUGUCCAGAAGGUCAAAAAGGAAGAAAAAAAGCCAUAUGUAAAGGAAAUAAGUGGGAACUCAUUGAAGACAACUGCAUUCUAACCGUAAUAACUGAUUUAUUUGAUAAGUCAACGGAACUGGUGCAAGAAAAUGUACAGACUUUUUCAAGUGAUCUCCAAAAGGCUGUUAAUGAUAGUAAAACUGAAAUUGCAAAGUCAUCUAAGAGCGUAUCUACUAUUGUCAACAUUCUAACUACCAUCGCAAAUGUGUCAACUUCUGUCACUACAGAUGUCAUGAGGAAUGUGCUACAGACCAUUGAUGUCCUCGCAGAUGAUGGCGUCAAAGAGUCCUGGGAAACCCUGAAUAAAGAUAGAAACAAUAAUGCUGGUUCAAAAUUACUGGAAUCACUGGAGACACUCUCAGGAUCCUUGAGUGGGACGGCUGAUAUCUCCACUGAACAAAUUCAUCUCAUCAGAACAAAUGCUACUAACUUUGAAUCUCCAAAUUCCACAGUUUCCUUGAAAAUCUCAGACAAUGAUGGUUUUUUUGACAAUGAUAGUUUAAUGACCAUCAUCAUUAUGAGCACCUUUAAUAAUGUCAUGCCAGCUCGAAACUCAUCCUUUGACUUAAGUCUCUUUAAUGGAACCAGUAAUGGAACAUCUAACCCAAACAAUGCAAAUCGUGCUAUCAAUGCAGCUGUGGUUCUUGUCAAAGUAAAUCAAACUGUUCAAAAUGUCAGUUUUGAAUUCCAAACCUUGAAUGAAACCCUGAGCCAGGAAACACAGUGUGUCUUCUGGAAUUUCACGCUCUUAGAAAACUUUGGUGCCUGGGAUGAUGAAGGAUGCAAGUUUGUUUCUAGAAUUAACGAUAGAGUAACCUGCAACUGUACCCACCUAACAUCCUUCUCGAUUCUCAUGGCAACAAGCAUCCCUGAAGAUAAAAGAGACAUCCUGGACAUAAUCACCUACAUUGGAGUUGGAAUAUCUCUGGCAAGCCUCGUCAUAUGUCUCAUCAUAGAGGGAUAUGUAUGGAAAGCUGUCACCAAAAACAGCACUGACUUGAUGCGUCACAUCUCUAUUGUUAACACAGCCCUGUCUCUGUUGAUCGCAGACAUUUGUUUCAUCAUUGCAGCCUCUUACUCACAGAAGGCCCUUGAUAACAAAGAUGGAGACUUUAAAGUUCUGAUUGGACAAUGCAGUGCAGUGACAUUUUUUAUGCACUUCUUCUACCUUGCUCUGUUCUUCUGGAUGCUCGUAUCAGGCCUUCUGCUCUUCUACAGGACAGUGAUGGUUUUAUCCCACAUGUCAAAGUCCCUCAUGAUAGCUAUAGGCUUUGUUAUAGGCUAUGGUUGCCCUCUGAUUAUUGCUGUUACCACUGUUGCUGCUACAGCACCAAGUCAAACAUACAUCAGGAAAAAUUACAUUUGCUGGCUUAACUGGACUGAGUCUAAAGCCCUUCUGUCAUUGGUCAUUCCAGCCCUGGUUAUAGUUGUGAUCAACAUUAUAGUUGUAAUUGUGGUUUUGUACAAAAUGAUGAGAAGAACUUCAGCAAACACCAUCCAGCCGGAUGAGAAGAACAGCUUUGUAGUUAUUCUAAGAUGUCUGGCCAUCCUGACACCUUUAUUUGGACUGACUUGGGCCCUGGGGAUUGGAACAAUGGUUUCUCCAAGAGGAAAAGGAAUCCACAUAGCCUUCGCAUUCUUUAAUUCCCUGCAGGGUUUCUUCAUUCUGGUGUUUGGCACCUUGUUUGAUUCCAAGAUUCGUUCAGUUCCCUCAAGCAGAACUCCUUCUAUAAACUUCAUUUCGACAACAAGCACAAGUGGAGGCACGUCUUCUUUUGGUGGAUUAGUGAACCAACUCCGUGGAAGAAGAAAUGUUUACCAGGUUUCCCAGGCCAGGAGCCACGGCAACAACAGCGGUUCCUCAGAGUCAUACAGCAUGAUAUAAAUCCUGACAGUAAUGCAUAUGCAAGCAAUAAGAAGAAAAUGUGUCUUAUUUGAAAUGUGUGUUUUGUCUUAAUUCUAAAUGAGAUGUGCAAAAAUCAAAAUUAAGUGCAGAAUAGUUUUUAGUGUGAAAUUUUGUGCAAUUGUACUCUGAAGAACAACUUUUCAGUUUUUUGUGAAUUUUGUGACUUGUAAUCCUUUUUGUCCUUUUGUGCAGAAAAUAAUAUAAUGUAAAGAAAUAACUUAAACAAUACAAGUUCUGUCAAAGCUACAUUAAUGUAAAUUAACAAAUGUAAAUGAUAAAACAAUGUAAAUAUGAAAAAAAUUAGAGGAAGUGUGUUCUUAAUGAGGUGAUGAUGCACAGAUUUUCAACUGUUUAAGCUUCAAGAUGACUGAAGCUAGAAACAACUGAAUAAUUUAACGAUGUAUGUGAAAAAUAAAAAUACCUAAACUACUAACUACUGUUUAAAUAUGAUCAUUUGUGCUUAGUACAGAUCUACUUUGAUAUGAUUGUUUACUUUGCCUCUUCUACUGAAGAUGUAAAUGACUGUUGGGCCUUUGGGUACCUGGGCUGUCUCUCAGGGGUAAACUUCAGGUGACCAGAUGGAAAUUUGCCUCAGUGGUAAUGCAAUGUUUGAAAGCACUUUAGAGUUAGUUGUCAUGUGAGGGAGGCUCGAGAGCCGGUAGGACCCAGACGCAGAGACGGGAGGCAAAACGGUUCCAGUACUAGAGGGUUUAAUGACCAACAGACAAAAGGCGCUGCAGAGCAGGAUGACAAGAACAAAACAAAAACUCACUGUGGCGUGGCGAGGAACAUGAAACGAGGACGCUAGACAGGAAUGAUGUAAAACACACGACCAGACGUUAAUGGACCAGCACAAGAGGAAGGCAGAGACAAGACUUAUAUACAGACAGGGCAGACAAGACACAGGUGAACACAAUCAGGGCAGAUGGGGACCAAAAAGUACAACUCAAGACACGACAAGACAGGAUCCCUUUCAAAAUAAAACAGGAAACAGAACCAAACAAGACAGAACAAGAACUAAAGCAAAAA